AUGAAGCUGUCAUCGUCCGUCGCCCUCCUUUCCACUGCAACUGCACUUGCACUCGCCAAUGCCGACGAAUACUUCACUGGAGAUGGUACCGCCUACACGCUCGGCGACACCAGCUCCGGAAACUGUAACAUGAUGUCGGCUCUCAACUUCGCCACCACCGACUACGCCGCUUUGAACAACGAGCAGUGGAGUGGUCUACAGAACUGCGGCCGCUGCGCUGAGGUGUCGUGCGCCGACAAACGCUGCGCUGACCAGACGAAGUCUGUCGUGGUGCAGAUUCUCGACCGUUGUCCCGAAUGCAAACAUGGUGACCUCGAUCUGUCGCCGUCCGUCUUCAAGACGCUUACCGGAUCCCACCCGUCCCGGUACACUAUCAAGUGGAAGUUCGUGGACUGUCCGGUGGCUGGUAAUGUCAACUAUUGCCUGAAAGGAGGCAGCAACAACUACUGGAUGGGUGUGCAGCCAACCAACUGUGCUACGGGUGUCACGAGUCUGAAGAUCAACGGCAAGGCAACAAAGAUGCUGGACGGCGCUUACUAUUACCUGUUGGACGGGUCAGGUACUGCUGUGGCGGAUCUUUCGAGCGUCACGGUGUCACUGACCGACAUCAACGGUGCGUCCAUGACGGACAAGUUGUCCUUGAAUGCUGGUUCCUGCACAAAAGGUGCCAGCCAGUUUCCUUCGUCUUCGGGUGGAUCAGUGCCCACAACACCGACGACAACACCGUCGACCAACACGUCUGCUCCAACAACGACUCCAACGCAGACUCCGACUCCAGUGACGAUAUCUCCCACGAUGGCACCCACGCAGGCCCCAACCAUGCAACCGCAGACACCUAGUGUCGCCACACCGCCUCCAAUGUCUUCCUCACCGACGCCUGCUGCUACGACUGCUUCCCCCACCCAGCAGCAAGAGCAACCAGAGCAGCAGGAACAACAACAAAGUCCAUACCAAAACAACCAGAAUGGACAGUGGGGUUCCCCCUACCAAAAUCACCAGCAAUGGGGUUGGUAUGGUCAUUAA